AUGAAUCAGACAUCCCAAGCAGUAAGUGACCAAUCAAGAAGACUCAAAGAACUAAAGCAAGAACUAAAUCAAAUCAAAUCUGGAUCUACUCUGAACAGGACAACUAUACGGUAGAAUAACAUGGAUGAUUCUCAGAAUAAGACAAUGCUUAUGGAUUAGUCUAAUCUGAAAAUAAAUUAAACAUAGUUAAACUAAACUAGCAUGAUGCCGCCUAAGGGAUCCUCAAAACUAAAGAAGAGAUCAAAUUCAAGAGAGUCUAGACGCUCAACAGCGAAUCAAAAGCCAAUUAUUGAGUAUAAUUCAAGUUCCUCGGAUGAUGAGGAUAACCAAUCGAAAAAACUUAGAAAUAUUGAUCCCUCUGACUAGAAAGCUUAACUUUGCCAUAACAUCCUAGAUAUAUUUACAAAGGCUAGUAACAUUUAGGAGCAAAAGGAACAGUUAGAUUAGCCUAAGUCAAGAUCUGUAAAAAUGGCUAACUAGAUUAAGAUUGAUAAGAUCAGAGAAAUUGUGACAGUAUUUGAAAAAGAUCUUGGUAAUCUUGAAUUAUAAACUAAAAAGGAACUAGACAAAAUGGAUAGAGAUGAAGACACUGGUAAAAGAAGAAAAGAAACAGCGCAGAAAAUGAUAAAUGACUUAGAGAAAAGACUAUUUGAAUCAGAGAGAGAACGAGUGCUCUUAAGAAGAGAAAAAGAUGACUUGAACAAAGAUAUCAAAGAGAUAAAUUCAAUGACUGAGAGGAAUACGGUCAACAUGGAAAUGCUUAACAUGAUAAAAGAAAAUCAAAAGCGUUUGGAAGAAACUAACAAAAGAAUGCAAGAAGCAAUAGUAAGAUAAGAAAAGGAAUUUAGGGAUAAGGAAGAUGCCUGGUCCACUGAGUUUAGAAUAGUCCAAGAGAAAUUUUAGGUGAGAGCUAAGUAAAAUCACUAGCAAUAAUGA